GGUGGUGGUGCCGAGUGCCCGCCGCCGACGAGCUAGGGGUCCGCGGCGCGCGCCAGCAGACUCCGCGAACGCUCAGCACACGCGACGAGAUGCUGCUGCUCAUCACGGUGGCUGCGGCCGCCUUCGUGGCCGCCGGCCUCGCGUCCCAUCCCUCCCAAUUGACCUACCCCGGCAGCGCCCGGAGCGAGAGAGACCUGCCACUAUGUCCGAACAACGCAGUCUGCAGCGUUCUACACCGCAGAUUUUGGGGCGCGCAGCCCCUUCUCGAGCGCUUUUGCCGCUGUCCCGGAAGACUCGAGUGUCCGUCCACGUGGACAACAGAUUCAAUGAAGGACAACCAGAGCAUGCAGCUCAACAAUAGAUCCCAAUUGAAGUUUUGUAACGACGUGAAGGUGUUGGGCCGGUGCCGGAGCUCGCAGGUGGCAUUGAACGUGACAACGAGGCGCACGCCGCCCGACCGGCUGACACAGAUAGCCGCCUCUGUGGGCACCGUGACCACGGCCAACUGCUACUGCCCUCCGUGGCCGGCGCCCAGGCACUGGCGCCACGACAAACGGAGUCAGCGCCAGUUCUUCAACGGAACCACUGACGUCUCUGAUACGUACACUUGCGCCAAGCUGCCACGCUGCGAGGAGCAGGAGGCGUGCGGCGUCGUGCGGCACGACCUAUUUUCCAUCUACAUCAAGUGCUCGUGCUUGAAGGGCACACUGUGCUACUCGAUGGCCCACACGCCGCCCGUCAACAGGUCCGAGGUGCUGUUUGAAGGGCAAGCCUACGAGGCUUACUGUCUUUAAUUUUAAUCAACCCCCAAACAUGCCCUCAAUCCCUCACGUUCUCACAUUUUUACGCAUCCAAAAUUGUAAGUCGGAGAAAAUAGAAAUUUCUGUCUACCUGUAAGGACUUGGAGGCCAGUUCUUGAACAGUUGGCAUCAGAUGCUCCAGGUAAUUGUCGUGCCAAACCACUCUGGUGACCAGGCCGAUUCUCUCAGCCUCCAUCGAGGUGAUUUUCCUGCCGCUGUACAACAAGUCACUAGCCUGCAACAACCAGAAACUCAUCAUCACUUUGAAUAAUGCAUUUUGUUACCUCAAAACUAUAGAACAAUAAUAAAUACUUUGUAGAUCAGUCUUUAA